UCUUCCUUCCCCAUCCACUACCUGCCGCAGCUUAAAUUCCUGUUUCCCUCCAAAAGCAUUUUCAAAAGCCGAGUAAGAUUGUUGCUACAAGAGAAGGUACACGUUCUGUGAUCUUCUGGCCAUGAAUCCGCGGAGGGAUGUUCAUAACAAUAGGGCUGCUCUUUUUGAUGGCAUUGAGGAGGGUGGCAUCAGAGCUUCAUCCUCAUACUCCUCCCAUGAGAUUGAUGAGCAAGAUAAUGAAAGAGCUUUGGAAGGGUUGGAGGAUAGAGUCAGUCUGCUGAAGAGACUGUCAGGAGAUAUAAACGAAGAGGUGGACAACCAUAAUCUUAUGCUAGACAGAAUGGGCAAUGAUAUGGAUUCUUCCAGGGGAGUGCUGUCAGGAACCAUGGAUCGCUUUAAGAUGGUAUUUGAAACCAAAGCAAGCCGUAGAAUGCUUACACUCGUGGCGUCAUUUGUGGUCAUAUUCCUAAUAAUAUACUAUCUCACGAGGUAAUGCGGCUACGAUGGAUUUGAUACAGCUGCUGGCCUUGUGUUAGAACUGGGAACACCCCAUUUUACAUGCUCACUGUAACCAAUGUCCCUGUAUGUGAUAUACUCUCCCAGGCAUGCUUUGUGUAAAGAUUGUUCCAUCCCGUAAAAGUGUGUUGAAAGCAUGGAGUGGGUGUAAAGUCCUCGCACCGCACCCCUUGUUUUUGUUUUCCGUUGCAUUA